AGUUUUAGUUUCAAUUGCAUCAGACAAUCGACAGGCUGAAUUACUAAAUCGAUCAAUGGCUUCCGAUCCGUCCAAUCUACCAAGAUCACUGCCACCACCAUUGCCACAGACACAGCCAAAGCCGCCUUGUAACGCAGCUACAGGAAAGGCAGCUACAUCAACAAGAUAUACUGAAUUAGCUAGACAGUCACCCAAUGUCACAAGUACAAAACCGCGACAGCCGCCACCCCCAUCUCCACUACAACCACAACCAUCCUCAUCCCCAUCAUCAUCCAACCAAAAAACAACAGAGAAAGCAGCACGAAAGACGCCAAAAGACAAAAUGUUUAAGUUAAAAAGACAGGUUGCAUCGAUUGCAAUAUGCUUAGCAACUCAAGUUGCAACCCAACCAAACAAAUAUCGCUGUCCUUAUGAAAGGUGCAAUUACGCUGCAGAUUACUGCAGUCUCGUAUACCUCCAUAUCCAAACGGACCAUUUCCCUGACCUACCUGUAUUGCUAUACGCCGAUCAGCUUCAGAAACCUAACUGUGUUCCCAAAGAUGUUCCUCCAGAUGAAUACAUCGUACUUGAUUUGGAUGAAAAACAUCGUUCAGGGGCACGCGCACCAUUACCACCACAACGACCACGAAUGCUACAACCGCCACUCCCAUCCUCGGUAACGACAGCUCCACGGCCUUCUGUUACGAAUACCAGAGUUAAGGAGGGGACCGACGGGAAACAGGAGAUCGACGAAUUAUUUCAGUGUCCUUACAAAGGAUGUCGCUAUGGUGCACUUACAUGUGAUGACGGCUUAUCCCACAUUCAACAGCAACAUUUCAAGAACUUGUCAAGGACAACGCUACAUUAUGCAAACGCCUUUUUUGUGAAUAAAUGGGGUCGAAAGAUUGCUUGUGAUUCCAGUUCGCUUGAUUUUCUUGAGGAAGGAGAUGACUUCUUUGUAAUAUAUUCAGAUGUACCGAAAGGUAGCAAGCCACCUAGAGCGUGGUGUCCAUACUCCCACUGUAGGAGAAACUUCAACACUCCAUCAAAAUUACAGGCACAUAUCCGACUUCAACACGACAGGUCAUUCCGUAUACCACAACCUGAUCAUCCAGAGUCAAUUGUUACUGUCCUGAGAAAUAACUCUGGAAGACAGAUUUAUUUGGAUGGUAAGUCUUGUGCUUUUAUGAAACUACGCAUUUUCAGUCAAGUAUAUCAGGAAAGUGAGAAGUAUCUUAAAAUUGAAUUGUUCAUUUGUAUAUCAUAAUGGGUGUGCGCUCAUGCUCGCAUCGAAAAAUAGAGUUUUCAAGAGAAGCAGUCAAAACCGGCACUCAAAUAACCAUAACACAGUUGCCAUUUACGACAAGCUAGUAAUGAUCUACAUAGUAUUUUCUAAUGCAAAUGAUAUUUAGCUACUUACACUAUCAUUAUUAUUAAUAAACAAAGAAGCAAAGAAC